UAUGCAUGCAGCCUCCACGCAGCUCCAUUCACAAGCUGCGCUCCCUCCUCUCCCUGCAGGCUGCGUGGAUCCCACUCAACUCUGCCUAAAUGACCACAAACGGUUAACGGAUGGAUUAUAAGAUGGAUGGAUAUUUGGACCAGCAAGUGCCUUACACUUUAGCAAAUAAGUCGCAAGGAAAUGGGCCCCUAAAUAGACUGUUGAUGGCAGCGAAAAGGAAAUACAUGGACACAGAAUUACCCCCUCAGGAAUCUGAAGACCUCUUCCAGGAUUUAAGCCAACUCCAAGAGACAUGGCUCACAGAAGCUCAAGUUCCUGACAGCGACGAGCAGUUCGUUCCUGAUUUCCACUCUGAGAACUCGGUGGCAUUUCACAGCCCUCCAGUCACUAUCAAGAAGGAGCCGCAGAGCCCGGGCUCCGACCCCAGCCAGUCCUGUAGCCACAAGCAGACCUUCAGCUACCCCAGUGGAGAGCAGUGCCUUUAUGCCAGUGCCUAUGAGCAGAAAAGGGCUGCGGGUGGAGCGAAGAGCUCCUGCCCAGGGACCCCCAUGUCUCCAAUGCAGCAGCAUUACUCCCCAAAGCCCGCCACGGCCGGACGGCCCGACGCUGGCUACAUGAACCCUGCUGCCACCUCCCAGCCGCUCCCCAGCAACAGCUACCCCAUCAGCGCCAGUUCCAGGUUUCAGGGUGCUUCAGGAGACCCCAUGUGCCCCCAGUUCCCCCCGCCAGGGCAGGCCUUUCAGCGGAUGCCUUCUGCCCCGGCUGGCAGCGGUGGAGGUGGUGCGGGAGGCGGCGGAGGUCCUGGGGGUGGAGGUGGAGGCGGAGGCGGUGGUGGAGGUGGUUACCAUCGGCAGCACUCCGACCCCUGCAUGCCCUACCUGCAGCAGAGCUUUAAGCAAGAAUACCUGGACCCGCUGUACGAGCGGGCGGCUCACAUGGCCGGGCCGGGACACGGGGGAGGACAGGGACCUCACCCCCACCCUCACCCACACCCGCACUCACACCCACACCGGUUCCCACCAGCCCACAUGAUGGUGAAGCAGGAGCCCACAGACUACACCUACGAACCUGAUGUGCCUGGAUGUCCCUCCAUGUACCACCACAGUGAGGGCUACCCAAACCCCCAGCACAGCAAUGAAGGCUAUCUGUUUGAAAAUGACUCCCGCGUGGUUCCAGAGAAGUUCGAAGGUGAGGUGAAGCAGGAAGGGGGCGGCGUUUUUCGCGAGGGCACGCCUUACCAGCGCCGCGGCUCUUUGCAGCUCUGGCAGUUCCUGGUUGCCCUCCUGGACGACCCCGGCAACGCCCACUUCAUCGCCUGGACCGGCCGCGGCAUGGAGUUCAAACUCAUCGAGCCCGAGGAGGUGGCCAGGCUGUGGGGGAUGCAGAAGAACCGUCCAGCCAUGAACUACGACAAGCUCAGCCGCUCUCUGCGCUACUACUACGAGAAGGGAAUCAUGCAAAAGGUGGCCGGGGAGCGCUAUGUUUACAAGUUUGUGUGCGAGCCCGAGGCCCUCAUCUCGCUGGCCUUCCCCGACAAUCAGCGGCCCAGCCUGAAGGCGGAGUUCGAGCGCUACGUCAACGAGGAGGACACGGUGCCGCUGUCGCACCUGGACGAGGGCGUGCCCUACACCCCCGAACAAGCCCCCCAAAACAUGGGCCCUCAGCCCUACUCCAAAGGCUACAUGUACUAAAGCCGCCCCACCUCCACCUGCCCUCCUCUUGCCCCCCCGCCUCCAGAAAUUCUCCUGUUGUACCAACCAAUCAUCAUACACGCCCUGAAACCCCCCCACGCACCUCUUGCACAUGCCCACCCCAUCCACUUGUAUAUAAGGCUAUGGUGUUUUUGUUUUAAAUUAAUCUCGUUAGGGAUUUUUUUUUUGUUUUGUUUCCGUUUUGUUUUUAAGAGCUGCAUUCCUCUCACAUCCGAGGCCUACUCGAUCCAUAAACAUGACUGUGGUUGAAGAGAUUGCUUAAUAAAUACCCAUAAUAAUACCCAA